CCUAGCGGAAUCAGUGGCCUUGAGGGCCCGGAGGCAUUGUCAUCCGGAAUCCAGAAACAGCUCACCUUAGAACCAUGUGAGGCCCACCCGGGAAGGCGGAGUCGGUGAGAGCACAGAGGAUCUGUCUGCUCCUCCUUGCCCCGCUCAGGAUGGAACACAGGAGGCCCUGGCCACGGGCCCCGGAGGUUGACAGCUGGUCUGUGGUCCUGCUGUCGGCGGUCUGGGUGCUGCUGGUCCCCCUGGCCACCAGCAUCCCUCAGCUCAGCACCUUCCACUCUGAGAACCGUGAUUGGACCUUCAACCACUUGACCGUCCACCGAGGGACCGGGGCUGUGUACGUGGGGGCCAUCAACCGGGUCUACAAGCUGACGGGCAACCUGACCAUCCAGGUGGCUCACAAGACCGGGCCGGAGGAAGACAACAAGUCCUGCUACCCACCCCUCAUCGUGCAGCCCUGCAGCGAGGUACUCACCCUCACCAACAACGUCAAUAAGCUGCUCAUCAUUGACUACUCCGAGAACCGCCUGCUGGCCUGCGGGAGCCUCUACCAGGGCGUGUGCAAGCUGCUGCGGCUGGACGACCUCUUCAUCCUGGUGGAGCCGUCCCACAAGAAGGAGCACUACCUGUCCAGCGUCAACAAGACGGGCACCAUGUACGGGGUGAUCGUGCGCUCCGAGGGCGAGGACGGCAAGCUCUUCAUCGGCACGGCAGUGGACGGAAAGCAGGAUUACUUCCCGACUCUGUCCAGCCGCAAGCUGCCCGGCGACCCCGAGUCCUCAGCCAUGCUUGACUACGAGCUGCACAGUGAUUUCGUCUCCUCCCUCAUCAAGAUCCCCUCGGACACCUUGGCCCUGGUGUCCCACUUUGACAUCUUCUAUAUCUACGGCUUUGCCAGCGGGGGCUUCGUCUAUUUCCUCACUGUGCAGCCUGAGACCCCCGAGGGCGUGGCCAUCAACUCGGCCGGAGACCUCUUCUACACCUCACGCAUUGUGCGUCUCUGCAAGGAUGACCCCAAGUUCCACUCGUACGUGUCCCUGCCCUUUGGCUGCACCCGGGCUGGGGUGGAAUACCGCCUCCUGCAGGCUGCGUACCUCGCCAAGCCAGGGGACUCCCUGGCCCAGGCCUUCAACAUCAGCAGCCAGGAUGACGUGCUGUUCGCCAUCUUCUCCAAAGGACAGAAGCAGUACCACCACCCGCCUGAUGACUCUGCCCUCUGUGCCUUCCCCAUCCGGGCCAUCAACCUGCAAAUCAAGGAACGCCUGCAGUCAUGCUACCAGGGCGAGGGCAACCUGGAGCUCAACUGGCUGCUGGGGAAGGACGUCCCAUGCACCAAGGCGCCAGUCCCCAUCGAUGACAACUUCUGUGGACUGGACAUCAACCAGCCACUUGGAGGCUCGACUCCAGUGGAGGGUCUGACCCUGUACACCACCAGCCGGGACCGCAUGACCUCCGUGGCCUCCUACGUUUACAAUGGCUACAGUGUGGUUUUUGUGGGGACUAAGAGUGGCAAGCUGAAAAAGAAAAUCAAGAAAAGAAAACCUGUUUCAGGAUUGAAUAUGGUGUCAACAUGUGGCUGGGAGUUUAAUACCUCAAAGAAAAGUCACAGGGGCUAUCUCCACCCACCCAAGCCUUCAACAGUGGAGAAAGAAAGAAAGAGAAGAAAAGAAAAAUGGAAGAGCCAGCCUUUCCCUCCUCCCUUGUGCAGCCCUUCUUCCAACAAAUGCUGGUGUAGGAUGAUGAAGACAGUGUUCUCAGAAUUUGUGCCUCGUGAUAACUCUCUCAGAAAGUCAUUACCCAGUUGCUUUCCUGACACUGUGCUUGUCCCCUGGUGUUUCUCCUGAUUAUUCAAGGAGGGACUCAUGUCAUAAGGAGGCCUGCCACGUCUUUGCCUACUGCACCAAUGGCUGCUAAGUCUUGCUAGAUGCCUCCAGCAUGCACCAGUCUGUCUUGCCUGCAGAGGUACAACCCACUCUGAACCCAAGAGCACCCUAUCCUUACCUACACCUGUCCUUACGUGCCAUUGGAUCCCACUGUCCAGCCAAUUUCCUCCUGCUGCCAGCUGGAGCUCAGAUGCAAAGCCUAAUAUAUUUUAAGGUGAUAGGUCAAAAGUGAUAG